AUGGCCGCCUCCAGGGCGUGGAGGGGUAAGCACUUGCCCUUCGUGGGGAUAAUGACCCUCGUGGCUGUGGUCAUCGCCUUGCUGUUCUACGCACUCCUCUGGAAGGCCGGCAACCUCACAGAGCUGCCCAAUCUCAGAAUUGGCUUCUACAACUUCUGCCUGUGGGACAAGAACAUCAGUGCCCUGCAGUGUCACCAGUUCCCAGAGCUGGAGGCCCUAGGGGUACCUCAGGUGGGCAUGGCCCUGGCCAGGCUUGGCGUGUACGGAGCCCUGGUGCUCACACUCUUUGUCCCACUGCCUCUCCUCCUCGCCCAGUGCAAUGGAAACAAGGGGGAAUGGCAGCUGGUGGUGGCAUUCCUGGCCACGUCCUCCAUGAUGCUGGCCAGUGGCCUGGGCCUCUUCCUCUUGUAUGUGUGGAAAUGGGUCAGACUCUCCCUCCUGGGGCCUGGCUUUCUAGCUCUGGUCCUGGCCCAGGCCUUACUCCUCCUGCUGCUCAGGGUCAUGACUGUGUUUCAUCCGAGGACCAACAUGGACAAGAGCAAGCUUGAGACCUGCUAGCCCUACCUAUAGGCAGAGGUGACUGCAAGGGUUCAUCCCAGCAUCCAAGCAAGUGCUGGAGAAGCACGGGCUGGCGCUUCCUCCCAGGCAUAUUCUGUAGCUAACGCUGACUGCAACCUCCAGCAGAGGGAACCUCCAUGGAGCAUGUGGGGCCUAGAGGCAAGGAAUAAGACCGUUCAGGGUGGGAGGGCACCCACAGCUUCUUAUUGUAGGAUUGUGUCCUUCCAAGUACACAAAACCACGCAGCUCACUGUCACAUGGAUUCUUGCUUUAAUUAACCACAUGGGCAAUUCUUGCUCUAAACUCAGGAUGGGGGAGAAGGAAGGAAUCCUGCCAUGGUUAUUUCCAGGCUGAUUUACCAGAUCACCAAACCAGAGCCUCGUGAAAGUUGAUGGCAACAAAGAGGACCAUGCUGAAAGCACCUCAGUAUCUCCAGGUCUGCAGCACCCGCACUUGCUCUGUGCUGAGUGGCUGUGGGAGCCACUUCCAAAGGCCCAAGAAUGACUGUCGAGAGAUCCAACAGAGAAACACAAGGGGCGUGAAGAGAUGCUUCUGACUUUGCAGGGUCCUCUAAAAAGGUCCCUGGGCUGGAAGCAGAUAGUGCGGGGUCAGCCGGCCACCCACUACCAUUAUGUAACCUAGGAAUUCAAGACAGAAUGUUGCUGCAGGCAAGCAAAGGGAGCCUGACUGAAUGGUUCCCCUCACUUCUCCACCCAGAACCAAAAGAACAGAUGCGUAAGGACUCGGGCGAUGGGGGAUUUUGUGUAUUUUUCAGCAUUGACAUAUUAGAAUGAUUUCCUCAUUCUAUACCUGGAAAAAGCCACACUGAAUACAGACAGAAACGUGGGCUCUGG